ACUCACCAUUUCAUUGAAGUGGUACUUGCAGUAGCCACGGUAUUUGACAUUGUCGACUUCUGGGACUUCCUCUUCACGUGGAUGCUCACGGGGAUGGAGAUCAAUGUUUGCUCCGCGACAACGCCUUAUCGGCAACCUUUAACCAUGUUUGCUCGGACCCUCUGGCCAUUGGGCGGCCGAGCCCUGACUCCCCCCAGGACAAGCCAGUGCCCGGUGAUGGAGGCCGGCGACGGCACAGAGGAGACCCCGCUGCCACUGUUGCUGACCAGGUUCCAGCUCUCCGAGGAGUACGGCUUCCUUCUUCCCAAUCCUCUGGCAGAGCUGCCCGCGCCCUACGGUCCCUGGAUGGAGAUUGCCCACGACCUGCCUCAGCUGAUUGCGAGCCAUCGGCUUCGCUCACAAGUUCACCAGAUGCCGCAGUUGAGCGCCCGGCACCUCCGAGGGCAUGAGGAGCUGCACUUGGCGCAUCUGGUGCUCAGCUUCAUCACGAUGGGCUACCUCUGGCAGGAGGGCGAGGAGGGCACCGUCAAGGUCCUGCCCCGAAAUCUCGCCGUCCCCUUCUGGGAGGUCUCACAGGCCCUCGGCCUCCCACCCAUCCUCAGCCACGCGGACUUUGUGUUGGCCAACUGGAGGAGGAAGAACCCCAAUGGGCCUCUGGAAAUUGAGAACCUGGACACCAUCAUCUCGCUGCCCGGGGGAGACAGCCUGCGAGGCUUCAUCCUCGUCACCCUCCUGGUUGAGAAGGCAGCUGUGCCUGGGAUUAAGGCAAUCGUUCAGGCCAUUCGCGCCAUCCUGCAGCUCGAUGAGGAGACCCUGCACAAAGCCCUGCAGGAGCUGGCAGAGGCCAUCGGGGACAUGAGCAAGGCUUUGAAAAGGAUGCACGACUAUGUGGAUCCAGCAGUAUUUUACACUGUGAUCCGGAUCUUUCUCUCCGGCUGGAAAGAUAACCCCGCCAUGCCGGAUGGGCUGAUAUACGAAGGUGUAUCUGACGAGCCCAUGGCCUACUCGGGAGGGAGCGCGGCACAGAGCACCGUCCUUCACGCUUUUGACGAGCUCCUGGGGAUUCGCCACAGCGAGGAGAGCACCGCCUUCCUGCACAGGAUGAGGAACUACAUGCCCUCACCCCACAGAGCCUUUGUGGAGGAGAUCCAUCGUGCCCCCUCCCUGAAGCAGCACGUGCUCUCCUCUGGAGAUGCACGGCUCCGCACAGCUUUCAACCAGUGCGUCUCUGCGCUGGCAGACUUCAGGUCCUACCACAUCACCAUCGUCACCAAGUACAUCACCAUUGCAGCGGCCAAAGCCAAGGCCGGGCGGGCAGAGCUGGGCGACAGGGUUGACCUCUCCAUGGGGAAGCCCCCAUCCGCUCUGGAGGCCAAAGGGACCGGCGGGUCCCACAUCUUCAGCUUUCUGAAGAGCAUCAGGGACACCACCAGGGAAGGGAUGAUAAGUGCCUGACUUGCCCUGGGGGUUUGCAAGGCCCCGCUCAAAGCGGGUGCAGGAGGCAAAACGGCUUGGGUGCAGCUGCAGCGCACGAGCCAAAACCUGACUGCCACGACCUUCACCAAAAACCUCCUCUCUGCAGCGCCCUUCCCGCUCGGACAUGUCUGGGACACGGGGAGCGCGCUCUGGGUUGUCAAAGGAGGAGAGCGCUGCUGUCGGUAACCCCUGAAAGGCACACAGUGGGGCACAGCAUCCUUCCACAGCACCAGGAUGGGCCCAGCAUCCUUCCACAGCACCGGGAAGAGCCGUGUCCGUCCAAGCCCCGCUUGCUGCGCCCCACCGGGCUCGGUCCCCGCUCCCCGGGGGUCGGGGCUGCGGGGGGCACGGCCGGGGUGACUCGGACUAAUAAAGCAGGGAUUGCCCCCCUCCGCCCCCCAGCCGCGUUGCCGGGCCCUGUGUCCGUCGCGAAGCCGCGUCCCCGGCCCGCCCGUCGCGACAUCCCAGCGCUUCUCCAUCGCGAGGUGGCGGCAGAAACCCGCUUUUGGCUCCGCCGCAGACCGGCCCCCCCCGCAGCAGAGGAGACGGGGGGGGGGGGGGGGACGGACACUGGGGGCGGGGCGGGUAAAGCAAAGCAGUCGGGG